CCAGGUUAGGUUGCCUAGUGAUCCUGAGGAAGCUGAUGUGUUAUUCCUUCUCUACAUCGAAGGAUCAGGAAGUUUGUGCUCUCUGCGUGGUUGAGAAGUUUUUCACCUACUAGGACGGGGGUGGAGGGGGCAGGUGUCCCCCUAAAAUAGAGCGCAAGCUUCAGCCUACGUCCGUCCGUAACCCAGGAGUUAUAUCAGUUACAACGUUAAAGACAUUGUGCUAGUUGCUGUGGAGAAUAUAAAAACCCAAGAAGACAAUAAUCCCUGCCCUCAAGAAGUUUACAGUUGACAUACAGCCUUUUCAACAGAAAGACUAUAAUAAAUUCUUUAAAGGAAAAACAGGUGAGAAUGACCACUUUAACUCAUCGGGCCCGUCGCACUGAGGUAAGCAAGAACUCUGAAAAGAAGGUGGAAAGUGAGGAAGACACUAAUCAAGAGAGAACUACAGACAACGAGGACUCUGGAGACUCUAAGGAUAUCCGUCUGACACUUAUGGAAGAAGUAUUGCUCCUGGGACUAAAAGAUAAAGAGGGUUACACAUCUUUCUGGAAUGACUGCAUAUCAUCUGGCCUGCGAGGAGGCAUCCUGAUAGAGCUGGCCAUGCGGGGUCGAAUCUAUUUAGAACCUCCCACCAUGCGUAAGAAGAGACUACUAGACAGAAAGGUACUGCUAAAGUCAGACAGCCCAACGGGUGAUGUCUUACUGGAUGAAACACUCAAGCACAUCAAAGCAACAGAACCCACAGAAACUGUCCAAACAUGGAUAGAGCUACUCACUGGUGAGACCUGGAACCCCUUCAAAUUACAGUACCAGCUGAGGAAUGUACGAGAACGAAUUGCAAAGAACCUCGUAGAGAAGGGUAUUCUAACCACUGAGAAGCAGAAUUUCCUGCUAUUUGACAUGACUACUCAUCCAGUGACCAAUACUACAGAGAAGCAGCGACUAGUGAAAAAACUUCAAGAUAGUGUACUAGAGCGUUGGGUAAAUGACCCUCAGCGUAUGGACAAGCGAAUUCUGGCACUCCUGGUGCUAGCUCACUCCUCUGAUGUGCUAGAGAAUGUCUUCUCCUCUCUGGCAGAUGAAAAGUAUGAUGUGGCAAUGAAUCGAGCCAAGGACCUGGUUGAACUGGACCCUGAAGUGGAGGGCACAAAACACAGUGCCACAGAGAUGAUCUGGGCUGUGCUGGCAGCUUUCAAUAAAUCCUAAAGCCAGCAGGUGGGUUUCUCCUUUUCCUCUGCUGGCUGAUGACUGUCAGAGACCCCAUCACUGAGUUUUGUGUGAUGAGAUGUUUUUGCAUCAUUUUUUUUUCCUUCUCUUGAAUCAGACUCAUGAUUUGGAGAGAGCAAUAUCAGGGCUUCUCCAUAGACCUUAAUUAUUAUAAGCAGAUUUUAUUUCUCUCUAUACUUCCAUUCCAGAGGGUAAUAAACUGGGUGAACUACACACAUCCCAUUUCUUGGCUUAGUUUCAUCCAGUGUGCUUUUGGACAAGCAGGAAUAACUCAGUGGGGUUUGGACUUCUCCAGUCACAGAAUGUGAAUGAGAUGAAGAGCAAACCAUUUAUUUCAUUUUUAAAAUUUGGGGGUUUUGUCUCUCUUAAAUUCAUGGCUCUUUCAAAGCCUUUGUCUCUCAGACCCUGCUAAAUAAUGUAGUUUAUUGGAAUAAUUGUGCUUUGAAUAAGGGACAAUGGAAAAAAAAAAAAAACCAACUAAUAUUUGGAGCAGAGGUCUCUGGGAUUGUGAUUCCUUUUCUAACCUAAUGAAAAUGUCCCAAUUUGGUUACUUGGAUCUUAUAGUUCAGAAUUAUAUUCAGUACUCCUCCCUCUUAUCCCUCAUUCAUCAGGACAAAAGUCUAAAUGAAAAAUGUUAUCUCUUAACACCUCCUUCAAGCAGUCAGUAUAAAUGUGUACAGGAGGGAAGAGACAUAAGAAUUUCCACUCUUUAGCACUUGACUGUCCUGUUUCCUCCGAACUAUUUUAAAUGGCUCUGCUCCGAAUUGAGGAGCUGAAUAGCAGCAAGCAGCACCCUGAGCAGACAUAAAAACUUCCAGAUCUUAUUGUUCCCUAUUUUUGGCUUCCCACAUAAAUUAAGAAAUUCUAUCUGUAUUUAAGAGUUCGGGGGUGGUUUUGUUUAUAAUUAAUCCACAGAUAACCAGUCUAGUCAUCAGUCUCAGUUCAAUACAACCCUCUUUCUGGCUGAAUUUCUAAAACGUUUUCCACUUCAGUUAUGAAGGCAGAGAGAAGCUUUGUUAUGAAAGACCUUAUUUAGAAGGCCCAAAGUAUCCCGAUAGAAAUACAGCAUUUGGGGAUAUAAAGCAGAUAGGCAUUUGUUUUGCUAUUACUUUUAAUGAAUCCUGCCUCUUGACCAUUAGAGAAAAACAGGCUGUUAUGGAUCUAAUACAGAUGACUCAGACUUGAUCUGAUCUUCCUGAACAGAAAUAAUUGAGUGAUUAUAACUUUAUCUCCUCCUCCAACUCUAACCAGCCCCCAAAAUUCCCAAACUCAAGAUUUUUUUUGUUUUUCACUUCAGGUAUCUGUCUCUUAAGUGAGUAAAGAUACAAAGUGUAAUGUGAAGCAAACUGUAGAUGUGAGUCUGAAAAGAGCUCCACUCUGGCUUUCUAAAAGUAGAAAAGCCCAUUUGUGGGUCAUCUCUACCUAACUCAGCUUUUUCUUUCCAUUUGAAUAAUUCGGCAUGAAUUGAAACCAGGUUUUCCUGUGGAAAGUUUCAGCUUGAUUGGGGAGUAGAAGUUGAGUUGAGUUCUUUAUUGAAACUCUUGGUCAGUGUUUAUUUUUAUAUUGUAUCCCAAAAAGAUGAAGAUGUCUUUAUUUUGAAUCUGCAUAAUGUUCACUGCCAAACACCUUCUCAUUUAAAGCAUAUGGGCAUCACUUCUGUAUAAUAAAGAUCAACUCUUGG